AUGACAGAAAAUCUCCCACAAACAAAUAAUAACAAUAAUGAUGAUGCUCCUCUCACGUUGGAUAAUAUUCAGGGAACCUCAAAUAACACGAACAAUACAAGUAUUGCAAACAACAACAUCGAACAUGCUCAGGGAUACAACUCAGAUGAUAAUUCUCACGUACCUUUCAUUAACAAUGACAUGGAGGAGUUGUUCGAUGAAGACCUUCAGAAUUAUUGGAUACCUACAGGUAUUAUGGCAGAACUCACCACCAAUAUAUAUAAAGGAAAUUCUCUGUUACAACAUGAACAUCAAACAUUUUGUAUGUCAAAACAAGCACAUAAUACAGACAAAGUAUUGUCAAAACUUGCAUAUAAAUUCUCAUCAUCACUAUGCCUGUUGGAUUUGGUGAUUAAACAGAUAUACAAAACUAAACUACCAGAUGAGGAUCAAGAUGGCAUUGCUUUAUGGAAAUAUUUGGAAGAAGCCUUGUUAUCUACUAGAUUACUUAUUUUGGAUGCUUUAUCAGUAUUUAAUAUUUCACGAAGAGACGAAGCACUUAAAUCAUUUAUGCCUAGUCAUCAACUAGCUCCCGAAACAGACUUUGUUUUUGGAGAAGAAUUACAAGAAAUUAUAGAAAAAGGGAAUAGAGAAGUAAAAUUUUUUAACAAUGCUUUUAAUCAAUGA